CAGAUUCCCCCAGCGCCUCCUCAACCCGACGGCCAGAAACGGGCAAUCGAAUACGUGCUCGACGACACCCCAGACCAACCCCAGAAGCGACCGCGCACAUCCCCCGCCAAUCCUACCGACGCCAAUGACCCUGUUGCGUAUUGGGCCGAGAACGGGACGUGGCCGAACCCAUCUCUGACGACAUAUCUCUCCAUGCAGCCCCAGGCUUAUCUACUUGCGCGGUUGAGAACCGCGUCCACCAUCUCCCACAAACAAUCCGACUCUGGCGUGUCAGCAUCGCCCAGCGAUCUGAGGCUGCCAGAGGCGGACGCGGGGUACGAAUUGCUUCUUCAGACCAUGGGCACGCACAUGGGGGAUUCCAACCAGGGCAUCGCGGAUACCAGCGGACGUCUUGUUGAACGCCUCCUCUCUAGCGAACAGCACGUUCCCAGGGACACCAUCUUCAAUGAAAGCAUCUUCGAGCGUACUAUUCACAAUUUGCGAGGCAAGAAUAAGGCUAGGGUCGUUCAAGAUAUUUCUCGCCUUAUCGUUCCUUCGGCGGAAACACUUGCCCUCCAUGACGAGAAGCUCGGAUGUCUCAUCGAGAGCGUCAAUGAGAGCUGGAAUAACUCAAUCCCCCUCCUUGGUUCUCAACCCCAACCUAGCUAUUCUGUGGGAUUCGAUCGUGAGAUAUUUACCGACGACCAACUGAAGAAGCUAGCGCCAUUUAUUGGCGACUUCACGAGGAGCACCCAUUUAUCUUAUUUCCUUGGCACCUUCAACAUGUAUUUUCCGUUUCUUGCGUGCGAGACGAAGUGUGGAGCUGUAAAUAUGGAUAUUUCAGACCGCCAAAACGCACAUAGUAUGUCCCUUGCUGUACGGGCGGUUACUGAGCUCUUUCGUUGUGUGGAGCGUGAGAAUGAGGUCCACCGGGAGAUUCUUGCGUUUUCUGUCUCUCAUGACAAUAGCUCAGUGCGGAUUUACGGUCACUAUCCAGUGAUCGAUGGGGAGGAUGCUCGGUAUUACCGUCGCCUGAUCCGAGCCUUUGUUCUUGACGAUGGAAUAGAGAAAUGGACGGCUUAUCGCUUCAUCAAGAACCUCUACAAGAUAUGGAUGCCGGAACACUUGAACAGGAUAUGCUCUGCCAUUGACCAGAUGCCG